GAGACAUUGGCCAAACCCCCUCGUUGCCCGGGUCGCGCAUGAUGUUCCUGGCAAGGCCCUCUGUCCUCGUGCGGAGCAUGGAUCCCAGAACUGGAGCCAUUCCGUUUGUUCGGCCAAAGCGACCUGGCUCAGGCUGGGUCACACCAUGGACCUGUGCACGGCCGCUCGCCACGCGCCUGCCGCCGAAGCGGGACCCCGAGCGGCCGCUGCGCCCGGCCACCUCCUGGAUCCUCUUCCUGCAGGAGUUCCGUGCGCAGAACGGUGGCCUGAAGGGGACGGAGGUCAUGUCGGCGGCCUCGCAGAAGUGGCAGUCCAUGGCUGCAGAUAUGAAGGCCAAAUACGAGGAGCCGGCGAAAGAGGCGAGAAGCAAGUACGCGGAAGCUAUGAAGAGCUAUGUGGAGUCCAGCAAGAAGGACGCUUGGAAGCGUGACCCAGAGCGCCCCACGCGGCCGCUGUCGCCGUACAUGCGGUUCAUGCAGGAGUACCGGAAGUUGGCCACGGGAUCCAUGGUUGAGGUUACCCAGGCCGGGGCGGCGGAGUGGCGAGCCAAGAGCGACGCCGAGAAGCAGCACUGGGCAAGCAACUACGAAGCCGAGAAGGCGGAAUAUGCGGAAGCGAUGAAGAAAUACAAGGAGUCGGGGAAGGAAGCCGCGUACAAGGAGAAGGUGGGCAUCCUGGCGCAGGAGGAGAAGCUGAAGGCCAAGAAGGAGAAAGAGGCAAAGAAGGCCAAAAAAGCUAAAGUCAGUGAAAAGGCGAAAGCCAAGGCCGCUCCAAAGGUGCCCGCAAAGAUCGCAAAGGCCGAGACAGAGGUGAAGAAGGCUAAGGAGGCCCUGAAGCAGGCGAAGGCUGCCGCCAAAGCGAAGGCGAAAGCAAAGGGCAAGGCCUGAGUGAGUCGCUGGGAAUUGACACGGGGCCACCGAAUCUCUUCAGGGCGGGGUAGUGUCCGUCUCUUGGCCA